AUGUUUAGACUUGCAUCGGCUUUUUUUGUAAGUUCAGCUUGCUAUGCUACUUGUUACGACCGCAAUUACAAAGUUAGCGUUAUGGAGCACCCAGCAAAAGAUUUACUGAUGUCAAGAAUUAGAAACCAAAGCACCAACAAAGAAGAUUUUGUCCAUUACUCAAAUCGUCUUCUUCACCUCCUCCUUGAAUAUACCAUAGGCCUUGAACCCAAAAUUGUAACCAAAGAAAGAGCACCUACAGGAGGAACCUAUGACGAUUACCAACUUCUCCAUGAUAGCAAUUACGCUGUAGUCGUCAUUUUACGAUCUGGCGUAAGCAUGCUUGGGGAGACACAAAACAUUAUGCCUCAUAUAACCUCUGGAUUUAUCCUUAUACAAAGAGAUGAACAAUCUGAAGAAAAAACACCAGUUUUUUACUAUUCAAAACUCCCACCUGGAAUCGAAAAUAAAAGGGUAUUACUUGUUGAUCCUAUGCUAGCUACUGGAGGUAGCGCUACUCUUGCAAUAGAAGAACUGGUUAAAGCAGGAGUAAAAGAAGAAAAUAUCGUCUUUAUCAAUUUGAUUUCUUGCGAACCAGGAAUCAAUGCACUUUUCGCAAAGUUCCCUAAAAUCAGUAUGGUUACAGCUCAAGUAGAUCCAAUACUAAAUGAAAAUCGCUACAUUGUUCCAGGUCUAGGAGACUUUGGAGAUAGGUAUUUCGGAACAGAACAUAAAUAA